AGGCUGUUGUAUAUAUUUAUCAAAGUCAUACAAUUCUUCAUGUGCCCAUUCUCUACAUAGCUGAAUUGUGUAUGGGACUUGCAGUGAACACCUACCUGAAUGACUUUACUAUAGAAGUGACAUGCAUGGCUGAUUACCAUUUUAUACUGUAAUUCUCAACGAUAACAUUAGAGUCAAUUUUUAAGUUGACAAACCAUACCAAGAACUGUAACUGUCUACCCUCAAUCACAUGUGCUUUCAAUGUCAGCCAUCAUACAGGAGAGUGGUAACACAAUUGUCUUCGUCAGUGUAUUUUACACCAGCGGGUAACACACUACUAAGGAGACUACACAAACCCCUACAAUAGGUAGUGAAUGUUGUCUGGAACUACUGCAGGUUUUGAGAUUCAGUGACAAUACAAGUGAUUUAGACCAGUACAAGGCACCAUGCAGGAUCUUCAGCAGGGAUGCAGGCUGUUGGUGGUUCUAGUGGUGGUCACAGGGAUGGUGUCUGCUAACACUAGCUGUUGUUCCUAUCCCUGUGAGAAUGGAGGGGUAUGUAUGACCACAGGCAUGGAGGGCUUCCAGUGUGACUGUACCAGUACAGACUUCUACGGAACUCUGUGUGAAACCCCAACCUUUCUGAAGCGCGUCAAGUUAUGGCUGAAGCCGAGCCCGGACACCACCCAUUAUUUGUUAACUCACUACAACUGGUUAUGGGACACAGUCAACAGCGUGAAUUUCCUACGUAAUGCUGUCAUGAAGAAGGUCUACACAUUGAGGUCGGACAUGAUAGAUAGCCCUGUCACCUACACCUCAGAACACUCCUACAUCACACUGGAUGCCAACUUCAAUACGACAUACUAUGCGCGCACACUGCCACCCGUGCCCUACAACUGUCCCACACCCAUGGGUGUUUGGGGUAAAAAGGAAAUGCCUGAUGUGGAUAGAAUAGUCAAAAAGUUCUUCGUAAGGAAGAAGUUUCUCCCGGAACCCAUGGGAACAAGUGCUUUAUUCAGCUUCUUUGCACAGCAUUUUACACAUCAGUUUUUCAAGACUGACGUUAAAAAUGGUCCACAGUAUCAGUGGGGAGGACAUGGGGUUGACGUCACCCAUGUUUACGGCAAAGAUAAAGAUGCAGAGGCUAAACUGCGAACUUUUAAAGACGGAAAACUGAAAACACAGUUAAUACAGGGGGAGGAGUACCCCCCGCUGGAGAAGGAUGCCCCCGUGGAUAUGGUGUACCCCCCUGGUACCCCUGAGGAAAGGAGGUUUGCCAUUGGUCAGAAGGUGUUUGGACUGCUGCCUGGCCUCUUUAUGUAUGCCACCAUUUGGCUGCGGGAACAUAAUCGUGUGUGCGACAUCCUCAAAACUGAACAUCCUGACUGGGAUGAUGAAAGAUUGUACCAGACUGGCAAACUCGUUAUACUGGGGGAGACAAUCAAAAUAGUGAUAGAGGACUAUGUGCAGCACUUGAGUCACUAUAACUACCAGCUGCUGUUCAGACCAGAACUCCUGUUUGGUGAGCAGUUCCAGUACCAGAACAGAAUCACAGUCGAGUUCAACCAUCUUUACCACUGGCAUCCACUGAUGCCCAGUGAGUUCAACGUCAGUGGCACCACCUACAGCCUCCGAGAAUUCGUAUAUCACCCAGAGGUCGUUCUCAAACAUGGCAUGCACGAUUUUGUGGAUUCUCUGUCAAGACAACGGGCUGGAGCGUUUGGUCCCUUUAACCAUGGUCCAUUGACUAUCCCUGUGGUAACAGAUCUGCUCAAACAGGGACGCCAGCUCAGGCUGCAGCCCUACAACCAAUACAGGAAAAAGUUCAACCUGCCUGCCUUCAAAACCUUUGAGGAAAUGACAGGUAACAAAGAGUUAGCGAAGGCCUUGGAGGAGGAGUAUGGUGACAUCAACGCUGUAGAAUUUUAUGUGGGACUUAUCAUGGAAAAGAGGCGCUACCGGUCGGUAUUUGGAUCCUCUAUAGUUGAAAUGGGUGGUCCCUACUCUGUAAAGGGACUCAUGGCUAACCCGAUAUGUAGCCCCAAAUACUGGAAACCUUCUACGUUUGGAGGGGAUGUAGGCUUCGAUAUAAUCAAUACAGCCUCACUUAAAAAGCUUUUCUGUAACAACAUUAAGGGUGAUUGUCCCCUGGUGUCGUUCGAGGUGCCGGACUAUGUGGAAGGGGAUGUUCUACAUGACGAGCUAUGAUGGAUGUCUACACCAUGGUAGUCGUUAUCCACCAGAUACAUCUGCAUUUCAAUCACGAACAGACAAGGACGAGUAUUUCAGUUUUCUGUUUGAUGAAAACAAGAAUUAAUUAAGACUUAAAUAAAAGUUUACAAUUUUACCAAUAUACUUUAUAAUAAACAUUUAGUGAAAACGGUACUGACCUUAUUUCUUCAUCUUUCGAAGAUGUUAUUCAACAAUGACUUAAUACAACGAAGGCCAGCCUUGUUAUGUUAUGUUAACAGUAAUAGAAAUAUGACAGAAUACAAUCACAAUAUCCUGUAAAGUGUUUGUCAUGUUCUUUGUUACUGAAUAUAGUGUAUAACUCUAUGUUUUUAAAUAAUUACAAAAAAAUAGGUUGUGCAAGUGUUUCUUCAAUAAACGUUUGUUUUCAAAAACC